AUGGCAGACUCCGUAUCCGCCCACUACUUCUUCGAGAAGAUGGUUGUCGACGGCGUCGCCUCAGCCGACUACAUGCGCGCCAGCACCCAGGGCUACCAACCCCAGGCCAACACCAUCAUGACCAGCAACACCUUCCGCUGCAACACAGGCGCCCAGGCCGCCAAGAAGAGCGCCACCGUCACCGCCGGCUCCUCGAUCGGAUUCCAGAUGAACGCCGGCGCCAAGAUCCAACAUCCUGGCCCGCUCCAGAUCUGGAUGAGCAAGGCCACGGGCGACCUGUCCAGCUAUGACGGCUCAGGUGCCUGGUUCAAGGUCUACGAGUCUGGUCCCGUCAAGUUCCCUCUCACCGGCGCCGCUGAGGAGUGGGGCGUGUACAAUAAGAACAUCAUCACCUUCACCAUUCCCAAGGACCUUGCUGCUGGUGACUAUCUGGUUCGCCCUGAGCAUCUUGCUCUGCACAAGCCCUCUGGUACCGAGUUCUACUUCAACUGCGGCCAGAUCAAGGUCACUGGCUCUGGCACCAAGACUCCGACUGCGACUGCCAAGUUCCCCGGUGUCUAUGAUUCCAAUACUGCCGGCCUUUCCCCCAAGUUCUCCCUCUACCAGAACGCCAAGUCGUACCCCAUGCCUGGCACCACGCUGGUCACUCGCGAGCUUUCCCUGCCCAUGAGCCGCAUCUCCCGUGGCAUGCGCGCUGCUGCAGUCCAGCAGGAGUAA